GCAUAUGAGAGUUCCUCCAAGAUGGAACAGUUUGUGACUCGCUUCCUUCUGCGGGAGACAAUGAACCAGAUACAGUCUCUGCAAGUCUCCCUAGAGUGUGCUGCAGAUACUAUUGAAGAACAGAGUGGCCGAGAAAGGAAUAAUAUGAACAAAUCAGAAGCUUUAAAGGGUCAACACACUACAAAAAGAUGUGGCCGAAGAAUUCAGAAGAACAUCUGCUAUUCUCCUACAGAUCCAUAUUCUGGGAUGCUGACCACAGGUGUUUGUGUGGAAACUGAUAGCCAGUGGCCAUCUGAAAUUACCCAGCUACAACAACUCAUCGGCAAACUGGAAUGUAAGAGUCCAAGGCUGGAGCCUUUGAAAUAUAAUAUGGUCUGCAAAGGAACAGAUUCCCACAUCUUGGUGGCACAGAGACAGAUCUCAGUGGCAGAAAGUGGAUUAGUGGCAUUUUGCCAAAUUCUCCAAACCUACACAGAAACCACAGCUGGACAGAGCAGUUGCCUACAUGUGUCUGCCCACAAGCUGGCGAGUGAUACCUCCUUCAUCCUCUAUGAAUUAUGGCAAGAUGUAGUAUCUUGGAGAAGCCAUCUACAGUCAGAUAAUAGUAAGAAGUUCCAGCAUGCCAUUACUGAUUUUUUGGAUGCUCCAGAGCUCCUGACUACUAUGCUGUUCCCAGCUUCCUGGUGGAUUAUGAAUAAUAACUGA